UAUAAAAACGGUUUAAUUUUUAUUAUGGACUUCUUCGAUUGCUUAAACAAUAGAAAAUUACAGACCAAAUACUGAAGUUCAUAAAAUUAGUAGCACCUUACAUCUCAGUGCAAAAAUGAAUAAUAAAAAGUUAGUGCAAUUGAUAGUCAUAUUAAUUAUUUCUUUACUAACAUUACUAGGCCUACAUAUAAGUUACUUUUCUAGAGCAGAAAAGAAGUUUAUAUUUUCCAAAGUCCUGCUCUGCUAUUCCAUAGCGGUUUUGUCAGUGUUUACUUUAUUCUACGGAGAACAAUUCCUCUACGAUUAUAAUGCAAACCUGAUUGCCUUGAAAAACGUUGGUAAACUGCAUACUUAUAUGAAUGUAGCUGCGGUUAUUGCUAGUUACAUUAGCAUGGUGGCAUUGGUAGUUCCUACAAUUGAAUUCUUACAACGAGUAAAACUAUUUGAGUUGAUAACAUAUUUUGAGGCCGGAAAAAAAGUAUUUACAACGGCGGCUACUCUAGUGUUAACAAAAACAAUAGCAUUUCAGGUUGCAAUUGGUUUGGUAUCAGUGAUCCGCUUUUACCGGAACGAUGCAAACAACAAGGAUGACAGCCUGGUGCGAACACUUUUCUUAUUAUUGCCAUCCAUAAUAGCAAGCUUAUUACCAAAUUGUUUCUUUGGUGCAAUAGUCGUGAGUGGUCUAUUGUUUAGUAUUCUCAAUGAACGUCUACAGAAUAUAGUAAAUGAGGUAAAUUGUCUGCAAACGGAUUUGCAAAUGAAACUCCAGAAACCCUACUAUCGUAUGCAUCGGUUUUGUGAUUUAGCAGAUAAUAUGGAUGUUCUGACGGAAAAAUUUAUUUUAAUAUGUGUGGAUUCAAUUAAAUAUUUUGAUCUGGUAGCUGUACCAUUUAUUUGUUCUCUAGUCUGCAAUUUGUUCGGCAUUACUGUUGGAUUCUUCACACAAUAUCUGGCCAUUGUGGAAACGCUAGUCAAUGAAGAAAGCUAUGAUGCAUUUAAUGCUAUAACAAACUCUGUGUUUUUGGUAGUAUCUAUUUGCGAUAUUGCUUUACAGGCUUAUAUGUGCAACAAGAGUGUAAUGACUGUACGUAACACCUCCAUUAUAUUACAACAUAUGAACAUAACUCAUGUAGACAUACGUUUUAAACAAUCUGCCGAAACAUUUUCAGCACUGUUACUUGUCACCAAAUAUAAAACAGAACCUUUAGGCUUUCUGCAAAUAGAUAUGUCUUUAGUACACGAUGUUCUAUCAGCUGUCACCAGUUUUUUACUAAUUUUAAUACAAAGCGAUUUAUCACUAAGAUUUUCUUUAAAAUAAAUUUUUAAUUUAUUUAAAAUAAGUUAAAGU